UGCUUGUGUUCCCUCUGUUGCUGUGUCUCUCUCUGUCAAAUAAAUAAAUAAAAAAUUAAAAAAAAAAACAAGGGAUACAAACAUAGUGAUCUGAAAGGACACCUGCACCCCAAUGUUUAUAGUAGCAAUGUCCACAAUAGCCAAACUAUGGAAAUAGCCCAAGUGUCCAUAGACUGAUGAAUGGAUAAAGAUGUGUGUAUACACACACACACACACACACACACUCUGGAACGUUGCUCAGCCAUCAAAAAUGAAAUCGUGCCAUUUGCAGCAACGUGGUUGGAACUAGGUGGUAUUUUCGCUAAGCGAAAUAAGUCAGAGAAAGACAAUUACAUGAUUGCACUCAUGGAAUUUAAGAAACAAAACAGAUGAACAUAGGGGAAGGAAAGGAAAAAUAAGAUAAAAACAGGGAAGCAAACCCUAAGAGACUCUUUCUUUAAUUAUUUUAUUUUAAAAUUUUUUUGAAGAUUUUAUUUAUUUGACAGCACAAGCAGGUGGAGCAGCAGGCCGAGGGAGAAGCAGACUCCCCACUGAGCAGGGAGCCCGAUGCGGGACUCGAUCCCAGGACUCUGGAAUCAUGACCUGAGCUGAAGGCAGACGCUUCAGUAACUGAACCACCCGGUGCCCCCCAUAAGAGACCCUUAACUCUAGGGAACAAACGGUUGCUGGGGGGGAGGUGGGUGGGUGGAUAGGAUAAUAUAAUUGGGUGAUGGGCAUGAAGGAGGGCACUUGAUGUAAUGAGUGCUAGGUGUUACACGUAACUGAUGAAUCACUAAAUUCUGCUCCUGAAACUAGUAAUACAGUAUAUGCUAACUGAAUUUAAAUUAAAAAUAAAAUCCUUUCCUAGUCACCUUUGAAGUAUUCAGUAGAUGUUUGUGGCUAAUGGCUACCUUGUUGGAUGGUGCAGAUACAGAACAUGUAAGUCAUCACAAAAAAUUCUUUUGGACAAUGUCCUUCUUGUCCUCUGAGAGCGAGUAUUCAGAAUUUCAUCAUUAAGUAUGAUGUAGCUGUAGAUGUUUGUAGAUUAUGAUUACAAGUUCUAUUACUAGUUGACAGUAUUUUACAAUGAAGACAUUUUCAUCAUAUGCCUUUUCCACAUCUGUUGAAAUAAUGGUUUUUCUCCCUUAUUCUGUUAAUAUGAUUUAUUGAUUUCUGAAUGCUAACCCCAUCUUGCACUGCACGUCACAUUAUGCUGUUUUUAUACAUGGCUUGAUUCAACUUGCUAAUUUUUUGUUAGGAAUUUUGAUUCUGUUAGAGUUAUUUGCCCGUGAUGUUCAUUUAUUAUGUUUUUGUUUGGUUUGGUCUGCUGGCCUUAUACAGCCAGUUGAGAAGUUUGCACUCAGGAGGAAUUUCUGUGAGGUUAUUUUAUUUAUUCCUUAAAUGAUUGGAAGAAUUUACCUCUGGAGCCACCUAGACUUGGGGUUUUCUUUGAAGGAAGGUUUUAAAUUGUGGAGGUCAGUGUCUUUAACAUUUACAGAAUUAAUUCAGACUUUUAUCUUGUGUCAUUUUCGAGUGCAUUGUUUGAAUAUCUCUUUUACCUAAGUUGUCAGAUACAUUGGUAUAUCUUUACUACUUUCACGUUAUCCUUUUUAACAGCUUUUCUGAACUGUGACUUCAGUAGGGUCUACCCAGUUUACGUGUGUAAGUCAGUGAUUUUUCUGGUAAUUUUAUGUUGUGUUUACCAUCAUUCCAGCUUUAGAAGUUCUGCUUCAUCCGCAGGGGACCUGGUGAUUUUGCAGUCAGUCCCUGUUUCCACCCGCAGUGGAGGCAACCACUGGUUUCCUUACUCUCAUUUCACAUCAGUGGGUUUGUAUAAUGUGGGUCCUUCCGUGUCUGGCUUCUCUCAUCAGCGUAGGGUUUUGAAGUCCAUCCAUAUUUUGGCACAUGUCAGAAAUUCAUUCUUUUUACUAGUGUUCCAUUCUGUGGGUGUUCCCUGUCUUUUUACACGUUCACCACUUGCUGGGCAUCUGGAUUAUAAACACAUCCCGGUGGUUGUAAGUCCUCUCGUGGGGCAAUCGUGUACAUGGUUCAUAUGAAUAUAGGUUUUCCUUUCUCUUGGGAACAUGCCUGAGCGUGUCCUUGCUGCAUUGUCUGGUAAAAUUAUAUUUAACCUUUUUAAGAAACUGCCACAGUCCCGUAGUGUCAGAACCAUGUUAUAUCGUUGUUCAGUUCCAGUUUCUCCACAUCUUUUCCAACACUUGUUAUCGUCUGUCUUGUUGAUUAUCAGCAUGCUGGUGAGUGUCACGUGGUUUCUCAUUGUGGUCUUAAUUUGCUUUUCCUUAAUAAUUAGUGAUGUUGGUCACUGUUUCAUUGCUGCUUAUUAGCCAUUCCUAAGUCUUCUUUGAUAGAAUGUAUUAAAAUAGUCUACCAGUUUUUAUUUUUAUUUCAAAAAAUUUUAAAGUAGGCUCCUCGCCCAACGUGGAGCUUGAAUGCUUGACCCUGAGAUCAGGCAUCAUCUGCUCCACUGUCUGAGCCAGUCAGGCAUGUGCUGCCUACUUUUUAACUGUUUGUUUGUUUGUUUUUUGUAAGAGGUUUUCCUUUAAGUUCUGAGUCUUUUUUGUUGUUGUUGUUUUGUUUUUUAAUCAGAAAUAGGAUUUGCAAAUAAUUUUUCCUGUCUGUGGCUUACCAUUUCAUUUUUCAUUUGUGUGGUUUGAAGUGCAGCAGUGUUAAAUUUUGUGUUGCUCCUUGGAAAGGCAUGUGGAAACCACCACUGUCUGGGUGCUCUCCUGUUGCAGCCCGGCGGGCCUACUGAAGACCCCAGCAGGAGAUGCACAAACAUACCUCAAAGAAUGCAAGAGGAGACGAGCAUGUGUCAUAUUUGCAGGGAUUCUUAACUCUUGCACCGCUGAGUUACCUGCUGGUGCUCUUUGCACUAGUUAACCCUUUCACAGCAGGUCUCUUACCCUGAAGGCGCUUAGGUUUUUUUCAUAAGAGAAAAUGUUCUUAUUUCACAGUUAUUCCUGAUGAAUAUUUAAGUUGGCUACAAAAUCCUUUCCUUUCAGCACUUUUAAAAUGUCCUACUUUCUUCUGGCCUCUAUGCUUCUGAAUAAGAGAUCUGCAGUCAUUUGAAUUGCUUUCCCUGUAAGUGACGUGACUUCUUUCUUUGUAUUCUGUCCCGUUUGAUCAUGGCAUGUUUGGUUGUGGCUUUCUUCAUGUUUAUCCAGGGGGGGUUCACUGAGUUUCCUGAAUCUGCCAACUUAUGCCUUUUGCCACGUUUAGGGAGUGUGUAGCUGUCAUUUGCUUUGUCCGCCACGUUCCUGCUUUUCUCUUCCUGGGACUCCCGGGACAUGCAUUUGGUGUUGUCUGGCAGUGUCCUGAGCCCUGAGUGUCUGAAGCGCAUUUUUAAGUCUUUUUUUCUCUCAUUUGCUCAAAAUGGGUCUUCAGGUUCGCUGGCUCUUAAAGUGUAUGAGGUGCUGUUUAGGUCAGGCUUUGUAUUUUCUGAUGGUAUUCUGGAUUUUUUAGAGUGCGUGUUUUCUGGUCCUCUCAGGAGGCUUUGGGACAGAAUCCAUCAUGACCUAAAAUCCAGAACCCUUUCUGAGACCUAGAUUUGGUUAUGUCACUCCCAUUCCAUGAAAUCAUGGCUAGCUGUUGGCAGCAAGAAAGUGUCUAGCUCAGGGGCGCCUGGGUGGCUCAGUCGGUUGGACAUCUGACUCUUGAUUUCGGCUCAGGUCCUGAUCUCAGGGUUGUGAGAUUGAGCCCCGUGUCAGGCUCUGUGCUCAGUGGGGAGUCGGCUUGAGAUUCUCUCUCUCUCUGCCCAUCCCCCCCCAAGCUCGCUCGCUCUCAAAUCUUUAAUUAAAAAAAGAAAGAAAAACUGUCUAGUUCGUUUAAGUACAGUAGGCCCCACCUCCCAUGUGGCCUUUAAUCGCUGCCUUGCACCCUGUGAUCUUGUCUAACAAACUGUUUGCACCUCCUGAAUGCUAGCAGUUUUGGGGUCUCAUUGGAGCUGUUGGCUCCCAGAAUGUCUUUGCAUCCCCAUUUUUGUGGAAAGCACUGCUAAUUUCCUAAAAUCCAUCUCAAGCUUUACCUCUUGCAAAGAGCCUAAGCUGAUGCUCAAAUUGAUCGUUUUUUUUUUUUUAAAGAUUUUAUUUAUUUAACAGAGAGAGACACAGCGAGAGAGGGAACACAAGCAGGGGGAGUGGGAGAGGGAGAAGCAGGCUUCCCGCCGAGCAGGGAGCCCGAUGCGGGGCUCGAUCCCAGGACCCUGGGAUCAUGACCUGAGCUGAAGGCAGACGCUUAACAACUGAGCCACCCAGGUGCCCCAGAAAACAAAAUCUUUUUUUUUUUUUUAAAGAUUUUAUUUAUUUAUUUGACAGAGAGAGACACAGCGAGAGAGGGACACAAGCAAGGGGAGUGGGAGAGGGAGAAGCAGGCUUCCCGCUGAGCAGGGAGCCCGAUGUGGGACUCGAUCCCAGAACCCUGGGAUCAUGACCCGAGCGGAAGGCAGACGCUCAACAACUGAGCCACCAGGCGCCCCAAACUGAUCGCUUGGACCCACAUUGUGCCCUCCCUUCAUUUCUGCCUCUGCUGUUAUAAUAGCUUAUUUUGUGAAUACGUGUGUGUGUUUGCCGCCCUCUGCAAGGCUGUGCAGCUUUUUAGGGUGUUGUUUUGCUCUCUUUCUUUUGAUACCACUUUUCUGGUGCCAUAGUUGAGGUUCAGUACACAUUUUGUUGGUGGUUCAGAAGAUUUAAAAUUGCCAAUUCCAGUUGUCAGGUAUUGUAUGAAUGGAGGGAUGGAAGAGUGCAUUGUGGCACUUUAUCCCAGAGACAUAAUGCGAAGGAGACCGUCGUCAUUCUCUGCACCUUGGUGUGAUGAGAAUGAUGUGCUCAAGCUCCAGUCCUCCCUUCCCACGUCACACAGUGAUUGUUGCUUCAGAUUCACUGGGACUGUGCUCUUACAGGACACAUUCUCGUUUGAAGAUUUAUCUGUGGACUUCACCCAAAAGGAAUGGCAGCUCCUGGACCCCAGUCAGAAGGACUUGUACAAGGAUGUCAUGUUGGAGAACUACAGUAGCCUCGUGUCUCUGGGGUACGAAGUUACGAAACCUGAUGUCAUCUUCAAGUUGGAGCAAGGAGAAGAGCCGUGGAUCGGAGAUGGAGAAGUUCCAAGUACAGAUCGUCCAGAACAAGUCUUGCAAGUAGAUGGUCACAUGACAUGGCACCAGGAUAACCAAGAGAAGCUUAGAAAUAUGAAACAAGAUCAUGAAUGUGAUACAUUUGGAAAAAAAUUCAAUCUGAGCAUGAACUUUGUUCCUUUAAUGAAAUCAAACAGUGAAGAUGAUGUAGAUGGAUUACUUUUAAAACAUCACUUAGAUUUACUUAUUCCAAAAGCAGAUUAUGAAAAAGUGGAACCACACGGCUUAAGUGUAUUUGAUAAAUUGUUUCUUCAUACUAAGCCUGAGGAAGCUAAUACUUGGUUAAAAUACUAUGACUAUGAUAAAUAUGAUAAAAUUAGCUCUAAGAAGUCACAGAUUAUCAUAUAUCAUAGAACUCGUUUAGGGGAGAAACUCUAUGAAUGCAGUGAAUGUAGGAAACGCUUCAGUAAGAAAGCGAGUCUCAUUAAGCAUCAGAGCAGACAUGUAAGAGAGAUUGCCUUUGGCUGUGGUAAGUGUGGCAAAACCUUUCCCCAGAAGUCACAGUUUAUUACUCAUCACAGAACUCAUACGGGAGAGAAACCUUAUAACUGUGGCCAGUGUGGGAAAGCCUUCUCCCAGAAGUCGCAGCUCACAUCCCAUCAGAGAACACACACAGGAGAGAAACCAUACGAAUGUGGUGAAUGUGGGAAAGCCUUCUCCCGGAAGUCACAUCUCAUCUCACAUUGGAGGACACACACAGGUGAAAAACCCUACGGGUGCAAUGAGUGUGGGAGGGCCUUUAGUGAGAAGUCAAAUCUUAUUAACCAUCAGAGAAUUCAUACAGGAGAGAAACCUUUUGAAUGCAGAGACUGUGGGAAAGCUUUCAGCAGGAAGUCACAGCUUGUUACACAUCACAGGACUCACACAGGAACAAAACCCUAUGGAUGUAGUGAUUGUAGAAAAGCCUUCUUUGAGAAAUCAGAGCUCAUUAGACAUCAGACAAUUCAUACUGGAGAGAAGCCCUACGAAUGCAGUGAAUGUCAGAAAGCCUUCAGAGAGCGGUCGAGUCUCAUUAACCACCAGAGAACUCACACAGGAGAGAAGCCUCAUGUGUGCAUUCAGUGCGGGAAAGCCUUCUCCCAGAAGUCGCAUCUCAUAUCCCAUCAGAUGACACACACAGGAGAGAAACCCUUCGUAUGCAGUAAAUGUGGGAAAGCCUUCAGCAGGAAAUCUCAGCUUGUUAGACAUCAGAGAACUCACACAGGAGAAAAACCCUAUGAAUGCAGUGAGUGUGGGAAGGCUUUCAGUGAAAAAUUGAGCCUUACUAAUCAUCAGAGAAUUCAUACAGGAGAAAAACCCUAUGUGUGCAGCGAGUGUGGGAAGGCCUUUUGUCAGAAGUCACAUCUCAUAUCCCAUCAGAGGACUCACACAGGAGAGAAACCCUAUGAAUGCACUGAAUGUGGGAAAGCCUUUGGUGAGAAGUCAAGUCUUGCAACUCACCAGAGAACUCAUACAGGAGAAAAACCAUACGGUUGUAGGGAUUGUGAAAAAGCCUUUUCUCAGAAGUCACAGCUGAAUACUCACCAGAGAAUCCACACAGGAGAGAAACCCUACGAAUGCAGUCUUUGUAGGAAGGCUUUCUUUGAGAAAUCAGAGCUAAUUAGACAUCAAAGAACUCAUACAGGAGAAAAGCCAUACGAAUGCAGCGAGUGUGGGAAAGCCUUCAGGGAGAAGUCCAGCCUCAUCAAUCAUCAGAGAACACACACAGGCGAGAAACCCUUCGAGUGCAGUGUGUGUGGCAAAGCCUUUUCUCGGAAAUCACACCUCAUACCACAUCAGAGGACACACACUGGGGAGAAGCCCUAUGGCUGCAGCGAAUGUAGGAAGGCCUUUUCUCAGAAGUCACAGCUUGUUAAUCACCAGAGAAUUCACACAGGAGAGAAGCCCUACCAAUGCCACGAAUGUGGGAAAGCCUUCUCCCAAAAGUCACAGCUCAUUAAUCACCAGAGAACUCAUACAGUGAAGAAAUCUUAGGAGUGGAGUUAAUACUAGCCUUUGGCCAAGAUCUCACCUGUUUGUACUCAGAAAACACAGGGUAAACCUUUCAGAUAAAUAGUUGCAUCACAUUGUAUGUCUGUCUGGGUAAUCUUUUAGGGUAGGAGCUCUGAGGUUAUGCGGGGAGAGCUUUCAGCAGGUUAACCUGUUCAAGUAAGAACCCUGAGACUAGAAUGAGCCUGUGGGAUGCAGUGGAUUUCAGAACCCUGUCAGACAUAAAGUGGGAAAUGAAAAGCAACCAGGAGUACAGUAAGCAUCAGAAAGCCUUGCAGAGGUCACACCUCAUUUGCUGGUGGAAAUAUCCCCACUGGGGUAAACCCUAGUCCAGUAAAUGAGGAAAAAUCCCAUGAAUGCAGCAAGUAAUGUCGUAUUUUCGUCAAGAAGUCACAGCUCGUUGUGCAUUAAGGAAAUACUCUCAGGAAUGAGGCUCAGUGAAAAUGCUAAAUAUGGGACAAUCUUCAGCAGGUAAUCCAACUGUAUUGUAUUUUGGGGGAAUUCAUAUUGUGGGUAAAACUAACAAUUUAAAGACCUUGGAAACAUGUGCCCCUAGAAAUAAGGCUAUAAAGGGAAGCCAUACAUUUUUUUAUAGACGGGGUUAUCAAAAAUGCCCAAUUCUAAUGGUUGAUAUGUUCACUCUGAAGAAUGAAGUUUUAAAAAUAUGUGAAUAAAUUGAGUCAUUGAAACAUCAAAAUAAGACAUUUCUCAGUGGUAUUUAUGGCUUAUUUUCCUGUGUCACACAGUGUGUCAUGUUUUGGAAUCACAUAUGCUAAUGUAAUUGCAAGCAUGAAGUGCACGUACCAUACCUGGUGGUGCCUCCGACAUCAGGACACACCAUGUGCUGCUGGUUUUUCUGUUUCAGUGAUACAGUAAAAACAGCAGCUGAUACAGCACCUCUUAUUGCGAAAGACGCAGCUUAAGUGACAGCACCACAUCCUUUUUCCUUACGGCUUGUUGGCAUAUAGAAGGGGUCUGUUGUUGCUGACCUUCUUACAAAAGCCAACAUUCUGCAACCUGAGAGAAACAAUUUAAAUAGAACCUGGUUGAUAAUUUUCAAAGGCAGGAACCACAGCCCAGCAGUAGUGACUCAUGAGAGGACAAAAGAAAGCAGGUGUGUGAACUCUGUCACUCAGCACUCAGGCUAAAUGGCCGUCGUGCCGUGCAAGGUCUUGUUCCCAUUCAGCUUGGCGCCUUUGGCUUAAGUAGACAUACUUCACGUACAAUGCAUGUAUGUUACUUCACUCUGAUGAAAUACCACGAUGCUGUGUGCUAUUAUGUUUUUGGUGUUUCUUAGAAUAUCUUGUAAAAAAACUAGAUGGAGAAGCCAAUUUAAGAGUCACUGUUCAGAAAACGUAAAAUACAGAUUUUUGUGGUGAGAAAUAUAUUUUUGGUGUAUUCAAGGAAGCCUGUUUUGCCUUCCUGCGAAUUUCUGUGACUACUGGAUAGGUGUUAGGAAUUAGGAUUUUCAUUGUUGCAUCAUUUGAAAUAUAUGUGUUUCACCUUUUGUCACCCGUUGCAUCUUCUACAUAGAGACUCCGCUGUGAACCUUUCAUGAUAAGCAGGGUUUACGUUGGCAGUGCAUGAACCACCCCUUAGGUAGAACUUUGCAGUGAUCUUUACAAUGUUGCUUGACAAAGUAAACAGUAUUCUGUGUAUGAUGGUGAAAUUCAGAAAAGUCCAGCGCUUACCUUGUUACCAGACUUGGAAAAAUCACGACUUCUCUCAAACACAAGUUGCUUUUAUCAGUAUGGUGUAUUGCAGCUUUGAUUCUAGCAGUAUUUUUUUCCCCUUAGUUACCAAUUUUAACAUCAUUGUUGAAAAAUUGGGACUUAGAGAGUAAUUUUCUAAACCACUGCACCAGGUUAAAAGUAUCUGAGUUCCCAAAUUUGUAUUCAUAUUCAAAUGUAUGGACUUCCUACUCUUCUCCUAAUACCUGAACAUGAUUUUUAUCAACUUCAUUUCUAAGAGAAUAGUGACAGGGUGAUUCUUCGUAGAUUUUCCUAUUUUUAAAUUUUCAUCUAUUAUGGUUCUCUUUGCUAGUCCCAGAGAUUGAUUCAUUAGUUCUUGGAUUGAGUUUGGAGUCUGUUGUCUAAAAGUGACCUAAUUUUGCUGACUUCAAUUCUAGAUUAUUCCAUUUACUAUUAAGUAGUUAAACCCAGUGCUUUCCUCACUAACUAAUAGAACUUCGGCACUAGCCCAUUGGUCUAAUACCCAAGAGCAGGUUUUUUUUGAGUGCCAGGUAGCAGUCAUUGGGAGGGCUAAAUGCUGGCCGCAGAGGUCUCGUUUAUCAGAAUACCUUACGUGGAGGCCCAGCUAUGUUGU